GGCACAGGGAGGGGACAGGGAUGGGUUGUUUUCUCUCCCCCGCCCGCCCCGAGACCUGAGGAGAUGCAGCCCAAGUUCGCCGCGAUGACUCUGCUGAUGGCACCGGGGUUUCUCCGCGGCAUCGCAGCCUCCGGACCGCCCGAAUCCUGCUCCCUCUGAAUCGUCGGCGCCGGGUUAAAGCUCAGUUCUCAUGUUGUGGUUGCUGGGCUGCCGCGCUCCCGUUUUGCCAUGGGAGGUGGAGGAAAAGGGAUUGUCCGUGAGUCAACACCGAAAACGUGAUUAGGAGGAACUGCUUUCACUAAUCUGUUUCUAACCUUUCAGUCCAUGUUGGCCUGUGACCCCUCUCAGCUUUCACAUCCAGCCUGAUCAGACCACAACACUGGUCUCCCUAUGGAAGCAACUGUUUGUAUUUGGCUUUGAGGUCCCAUGGAGAAGCCAAGGAGGGGGAUGGCUCUUCAUAUCCAUGAAGCCUGGAUACUUCUGUUUGUGCUCCCUGGUUUGGUCACUCCAGCUGCCAUCAAUCAUGAAGAUUACCCUGCUGAUGAGGGGGACCAGGCCUCCAGUAAUGACAAUCUGAUCUUUGAUGAUUACCGGGGGAAGGGCUGUGUGGAUGACAGUGGCUUUGUGUACAAACUGGGAGAACGUUUUUUCCCAGGACAUUCCAACUGUCCCUGUGUCUGUACUGAGGAUGGACCUGUUUGUGAUCAACCAGAAUGCCCUAAAAUCCACCCAAAGUGCACAAAAGUGGAACACAACGGAUGCUGUCCAGAAUGCAAGGAAGUGAAAAACUUUUGUGAAUAUCAUGGGAAAAAUUACAAAAUCUUGGAGGAAUUUAAGCCCUCGCCAUGCGAAUGGUGUCGCUGCGAGCCCAGCAAUGAAGUUCACUGUGUUGUAGCAGACUGCGCAGUCCCCGAGUGUGUCAACCCAGUCUAUGAACCUGAGCAGUGUUGUCCUGUCUGCAAAAAUGGAAUUCCUGAAAUGGCCAGAUUUUAAGAUUGCACUUAAACCCCCUUCAGUCAGAGUCUAUGCAAUGUGCUGGUUGGCUGUGCAGAUGCAAGGGAAUGUGCCCAGCCAAGGAGAAGUGCUCCCCAUGCCGGAUUUUGCUGGACUCCACCAUCCUCUCCCCAGGUCCUGGCAGCUGAAGGCAGUAGCACAGCGUAGCCACAUCACCCUGCAUGGUUGUGAAUUACUGAUGGCAGCCAACUUUUGGGGCACCACCCCCUUCAGGUGUCAGCCCGAGGGGCCACGGGAAGGACUGGAUAAUGCUCUUUCUGAUGACCAGCAGGAAUGUGAACUGUGGUGCCCUUUUAGCUCAAUUAAAGCAGUGACUUGAUUACCAUCAGAGGAAAGACAGGAUUGAUUUGAAAGCUUGUAGAAGAUCAAGACUGAAAAUGAGCAGGUGUAUUUGGGCCAGGCAGACACCAACCUGACAAAAUACUCCAGUGCUUGCUUUACUGUUCCUUGAGAAGUCAUUUCCCUGAAACUGAUUUUCAAUGGAGCUCGUCCAUCUGAUCACUUCAGGCCAAGGGGUUAAAGGCAUGUAGAUGCUGAACUUGCUGGUGAGAAUCAGACACAAAAGCAUCUCUCAAGAGCUGCAUCCUCCAUUGCUUUGGAAAACUCCAGCACUUGGAUUAUCCAGAUGCUUAAAUGCCCUGCUGACUCAAGAUUGAUCUGCUCCCCAUGCUCACAGCUGUUGGAAGAGGCCUCUAUAACACUGAAAAGCUUUGGAAAAGUUAAAACUUCCAAAAUUAGCCAUGCUGGUGUUGGAUAGCAUCAGGGAGGGCUGAGUUGAAUCUCCCACGUCGUGAAGUUUCAGAGA